AAACGGCGGCCGGCGACUGAAGACCGUAAACAGUGUGAAUUUUGCAGCAGAGCAGAGAAGAAAGAAGGAAGCUAUAGGAAAGGCGUAAUGGCUGAGCCUCCAAAACUAUACGUUAAUAAACCUAAGAAAGCGCAGUUGAAGCAAAUUCAGCAACAACAGGCAUCUUCUCCGACAACGCCGCCGGCGCCGCCGUCAUCGAUGGCGUCGUCAUCUAUGGCGCGCGGUGCGGCUCCACCUCCUCAGCCGCCUAAGGAAUCCUUUAUUCGCCGUUACAAGUACCUAUGGCCUAUGCUUUUGGUUGUCAAUUUCUCUAUUGGAGCUUACCUUUUCAUGAGGACUAAGAAAAAGGAUAUGGGAACUGAGGAAGGAGAAAUAGAUGUUCCUGGUGCCUCUAUUUCAACAGUAGCUGCUAGCACAGUUAGUGAAAAGGAAAAGGAAGUCGCUGCUACACCUACUCUGCAGCCUAUGAUUGUACGAGAACCAAUACCCGAGAAUCAACAGCGUGAACUAUUUAAGUGGAUGUUGGAAGAAAAGAGAAGAAUUAAGCCAAAAGAUCAAGAGGAGAAAAAGCGGAUUGAUGAGGAGAAAGCCAUUCUCAAGCACUUUAUUCGAGCCAAGUCCAUCCCAGUUUUGUAAUUUUUGACUAUGACGAAAUCCCAGUAGUCGUAGCCCGUAGGCUUGGAUGAAAAAUUUAUCCUCAGGUUUGAUUUUCAUCAUUUUCGUUUUUCAAAUAUAAACACAUGUUGAAGUAAUGAAUUUGCUUGGACAAUGAAGUGAUGUUUGAUCCCUAUCUCCAAAUCCUUGUUUUUUUGACAAGAAACUUGUAAAUACAUUUGGACUCUUUAACUAUUUGAUAUUGCUGGCUAGAGAAGA